GAUAGCGGACCAAGCUGUCUGUAAAUGAAGGAGUUGUAAGCAGACGCAGGUUUUAUUUUGGGGCUAUAUCGUAUUAAGAAACUUGCACCGAUUCUGCGAGAGCUUUAUACGUGAGAAAGUAUGGAACGGGGAUGGUCUGGUCUGGGAUUGACACUUUACCUUCGUUCUCUUGCGGUCUUGUCGCUAGUUACAACUCAACCCUGUCCACAGGAACCCAACUUAAUGAGGAACCCAGAUUGCAUUGAUGGCGAUUGCAAUAUCGAUGAGUCAUCCCUUUUCGGAGAUUGUGGUGAGAACAUGGACUGCCAGGUUUCACAGUUCAUGCUAUUUGUCAGAAAUCACUGCAACUGUAAUGAUAGAUUUGUAUCCACCGUUUCUGAUCGGAAGACAGACUGUUUCGAUGGUGAUUGUGAUAUAGACGAGUCGCCUUUUGAUGGAGAUUGUGACGGGGACAUACAGUGCUACAUUGCACAGCUCAAACUAUUUGUCAGAAAUCACUGCUUGUGCAAUGAGGAAUUUGCGCCCCAUGCCAAUGAAAUGACCUCUGCGCGGAAGGCAGACUGUUCUGGCAUUAAUAACUGUGUUGACAAGAACAGUAAUGAAUUAUGUGGACCGAAUGGAACUUGUCACAACACAGUAGCAAGUUACAACUGCUCCAGUAACCAGGCAUUUGAAGCUUCAGGAGUGAAUGAUUCCUCUAAUUUAUCUAAAGAUCAGCAUCAAGAGCUUUCACUUGGUGAAUAUUCAAGUUUCAGAGAGCGGGAGUUACGCCACAGUGGGGCUAUACCAGUGCCUGGUAAUGAAAACAGACCUGUUUCUGUUAAUGGACUCACGCCUGCUCCUGUUAAUGGACUCACACCUGUUCCUGUUAAUGGACUCACGCCUGCUCCAGUUAAUGGACUUACGCCUGCUCCUGUUAAUGGACUCACACCUGUUCCUGCUAAUGGACUCACAGCUGCUCCUGUUAAUGGAAUCACACCUGCUCCUGUUAAUGGACUCACGCCUGCUCCUGCUAAUGGACUCACGCCUGCUCUUGCUAAGGGACUCAUGCUUGCUCCUGCUAAUGGACUCACACCUGCUCCUGUUAAUGGAAUUACACCUGUUUCUGUUAAUGGACUCACGCCUGCUCCUGUUAAUGGACUCACGCCUGCUCCUGCUAAGGGACUCACGCCUGCUCUUGCUAAGGGACUCAUGCUUGCUCCUGCUAAUGGACUCACACCUGCUCCUGUUAAUGGAAUUACACCUGUUUCUGUUAAUGGACUCACGCCUGCUCCUGUUAAUGGACUCACACCUGUUCCUGUUAAUGGACUCACGCCUGCUCCUGUUAAUGGACUCACACCUGUUCCUGCUAAUGGACUCACAGCUGCUCCUGUUAAUGGAAUCACGCCUGUUCCUGUUAAUGGACUCACGCCUGCUCCUGUUAAUGGACUCAUGCCUGCUCCUGUUAAUGGACUCACGCCUGCUCCUGUUAAUGGACUCACACCUGUUCCUGUUAAUGGACUCACGCCUGCUCCUGUUAAUGGACUCACACCUGUUCCUGCUAAUGGACUCACAGCUGCUCCUGUUAAUGGAAUCACGCCUGUUCCUGUUAAUGGACUCACGCCUGCUCCUGUUAAUGGACUCACGCCUGCUCCUGUUAAUGGCGACUUACCUGACCCUGAGGUUGGACACACUCCUGCCCAUGUCUUUGCUCCUGUAACGUCUCCUGUGCUCCCCAAUGACCCUGUUGUUGACAGUGUCUCUGCCGCUGGAACCAUUGGAAUUGAACCCAUAUUGGCAACACCACCAGAGCAGCCAGUCUCACCUGUGGAGAUAUUUUGCUCCAGGAUGACUAACAGCAGCAGCUUGCUUGGUGAACUGUGCCAGAAACCUGCCAAAGGAUCAUUACUUCAGGAUAUCAUUUCCCUCACAACAAGGCUGUUUGCAGAGGAGUCCCCACUGAGAGCUAAAGCACAGGAGGAGCGGCUAAUUUCAGCAUCUCAGGUCCUGCAGGACAUGGAGAGUGCUGCUAUCACACUCGCCCUGAACUCAAAGGGUCAAGGACUGCAAGACGUCACCAACAAGGCAAUGGACCUUCAGCUGCGAGUUGUUGAUGUGAGCAGCGUGGAUAAUAAAGUGAGCCUGGAAGCCAAGGGCAAUGUGAUCAACAUUUCCUGGAAACCAGCCCCCAGCUCUGAAAUGACCGGCUCUGUUGCGGUUGCUUUCAUCGUGUAUCACGACAUGGACUCCGUCCUUCACGGAGCACCCUACAAAAACAAGGAAACCAGCGAGAGAUAUGAGGAGGCCCAGCUACAGUCCAGGGUCAUUUCAGCAGCUGUGGGAUCCUCAGGCAACAACAAACUGUCUGUUGCUGUCAGCUUCAGCCUAAAGCAUAAAGAGGAUACCUCCGUUGGUUGGAAGAGGCUAUGUGCCUACUGGAUGCACACGAAGAAUGGAGGCCACUGGUCUCCAAGUGGCUGUAAGUUGGUGGGCUCCAAUGACACGCACACCACAUGUCAAUGUGAUCACUUGUCCAGUUUUGCGAUUUUGAUGGCCUUUAGCGAAGAGUUACAGGAUUAUUCCGAUAAGCCACUGACUGUAAUCACGUUCAUCGGAAUCCCAAUAUCUCUGGUGUGUCUCGCACUGGCGAUCGGCACCUUUGUCUUCUGCUCGCAGGCUCAGAAUGCUAUAACGGCCACUCACACGCAACUCUGCAUCAGCCUCUUCCUGGCGGAGUUGCUCUUCAUAAUGGGCAUUGACAAAACCGGAAACCAGAAGGUGUGUGGCAUCAUAGCAGGAUGUCUGCAUUAUUUGUUCCUUACGGCUUUUGCUUGGAUGAGCUUGGAGACAUUGCAGCUUCACCUCAUGGUUAGGAACUUGAAGAACCUGAGGGUAUUCCAUUCCAGUAACAUUGGGAGGUAUAUCUACCCAUUGGGAUAUGGGCCUCCCGCACUGAUCGUGGUCGUUUCUGCAGCCGCUUCCCCCAACGGAUACGGAUCACACAGACACUGCUGGUUACUGGUAGAGAAUGGGUUUGUCUGGAGCUUCUUGGGACCUGUCUAUCUGAUCAUUUUGGCGAAUACAUUUCUGUUCACCAUAACUCUCUGCAUAUUGAAUGAAGAACUUUCGAAUCGCGACAUGAAUGUCUCAAAAAUUAAGGACACAAGGAUGCUGACGUUUAAAGCCAUUGGACAAAUAUUUAUCCUGGGCUGCACUUGGAUUCUCGGCUUCUUUCAUUUUCAAGAGGAUACAGCAGUGAUGGGCUAUUUAUUUACAAUUGUCAACAGUUUUCAAGGCACCUUCAUCUUCAUCAUCCUUUGUGUGUUAAAUCCCAAGAUAAGGGAUGCAUACAGCAAAUGGAUCACCUGCAUCUGCCAGACCAGAAAGAGCUUAUUUGAAUCUGAAUCCGCAAAUGUGCCAUUGUCAGUUACAUCGCCCACUCAAUGUUGUGGAAAAUCUCCGUCAAAUCUCCUCCGGCCUUCUACUCGCAAAGGAGAACAGCACGAACUUCUUCAAUCUAUUCUCUUCACUGAAGCUCCUCUUUCCUGGAAUCUUUGUGGAAAUAGUGUGACAGGAUGUGUUCGUGACUUUUGCAAAGAGCUGACUAAUUCAUUCCGGACAAAUACCUGAUAUGGACUGAAUGAUAAAUGAAGAAUGUGUAGACUUCUAAGAUGCCAUUAAAUCUCUGAUAAAUGACCAAUUGGAAUGACAACCAUGGAUUAAGCAUUACCUUUCUACGAACAGCUGGCUUUGGGAGAAAUAAUAUUGCCUUAUGUAGUAAAGCAAAACAGCAGUAAUAAGAUUUACAUUUGGUUCUGCAAGCAAUCUUUUGUUGAAAGCUUAUUUGAUGGUUAAAUUAGUUUCAUUAGAUCUGUUCAUUAAAGAAUAAGGAGGUUAUGUGUAAAUUGGAAUUUCUGUCAAUGACACUGUGGCAACCCAAUGCGAUCCAACUGCCUUAUUUAAGAAAAGGAAUUGAAACAUUUUGUGAAUACUGACAUCAUUUUGCACCCACUAGAAUUGUCAUUAGCCCCUUUUAUGCUUUGCUCUGGUUAUAAAUAUCCCUGGGCAGUUAUACUCUGUAGCUCUGUUCAUUAGAGAGUGUGGACUUAUACCAUUCUCUGGUGUUUGAGUCUGAGUACACAUUGAGGUGUGAGACUCUUAACUGUAUCACUUUAAAACGGUUACAUAAAUAUAUGUUUAAACCUGCAUUGUAUAAAUAAAAUUGCAAUAUUAAUUCAAA